CCGAGAGGAGCAGGACCCGGGAUGCAUAAGACUUUCCCGUAGAUCCCAUCGGAGAUAUUUACCCGUUAUAGCGCUUUGGGGUCAGUUUGUCAGGUAUUUGAAUAAAUACGUUUAAGCUUUAUGAGAGGAAUUACUGUCUGGAUUCAGCGAUGGGAACUUGGGCUUUGUGCUGAGUGAAUGCCGCGUGAAUGUGGAGCAUCCAUAAAGUGUGCGGAGUCAGUGGUACCCUAAACACCCCAAAACUGGGACAUUAGGACUUACAGAGAUGGAUACCUUCUUUGUUGAGGGUGCUCGUGUUUGGGUGCGAGACAAGGAUCAGCUCCUGCCGUCCACCGUCAGCUGCUGUGAUGAGCAAACCCUCAUCCUCACCACCGACUACGGAGAGGUGAUAACUCUGGAUCAGGAGGAGGUAAACAGGCUCAAGGUUUCUCCAAUGCAUCCCACCAGCAUCAAUGGAGUGGAGGACAUGUCCACUCUGGCCGAGUUGCAUGAGGCCGCCAUCAUGCACAACCUCUUCCUACGGUACCAUAAGGACCUCAUUUAUACUAACAUUGGCUCCAUCCUGGCAGCUGUGAAUCCAUAUAAGCAUAUAAGAGGUCUGUAUGACCCUGAGGCAGUAGAUGUGUACAGCAAACAUCAUCUGGGUGAACUGCCGCCACACAUCUUUGCCGUAGCCAAUGAGUGUUACCGCUGCCUGUGGAAGAGACAUGAUAGUCAGUGUGUGCUCAUCAGUGGUGAGAGCGGUGCUGGGAAGACAGAAAGCACUAAACUGCUGCUAAAGUUUCUGUCUGUCAUGAGUCAGAACUCCACAGGUUCUCCACUGUCAGAGAAAACUAUGAGAGUGGAGCAGGCCAUCGUACAGAGCAGUCCAAUAAUGGAAGCAUUUGGAAAUGCAAAAACAGUAUACAACAACAACUCCAGUCGCUUUGGCAAGUUCAUUCAGCUUCACUUUUCUCAAUGUGGAAACAUUCAGGGAGGCUGUAUUAUUGAUUACUUACUUGAAAAGAAUCGAGUUGUCCGGCAGAAUCCGGGAGAGAGGAACUAUCACAUAUUUUAUGCUUUGUUGACAGGUGCCCACCAUGAGCACAGAGAAAUGUAUAUGUUGGCUGAUUCCCCUGAUGCAUAUCAUUACCUUAAUCAGUCUGGCUGUGUUAAGGACAGAAGUCUGGAUGACAAACAGCUUUAUGCUAGUGUGAUGCAAGCAUUAAAGGUGAUGGAGUUCAAUGAGGAAGAGAUCAUAGAUGUCUUUAAGCUCCUUUCUGGAGUCUUACAGAUCGGCAACAUCGAGUUCAUGACUGCGGGUGGUGCUCAGAUCACCACCAAAGGAGUGGUCGGUGUGGUCAGUGAUCUACUGGGGCUUGACUCCUUUCAGCUAUCUGAGGUUCUGACUCAGCGCUCCAUGAUUCUAAGAGGAGAAGAGAUCUGUUCACCUCUCACUGUGGAACAGGCAAUUGAUUCCAGGGACUCAGUGGCCAUGGCAUUGUAUUCCCAAUGUUUUUCUUGGAUCAUUGCCCGAAUAAACCAGAAAAUCAAAGGAAAAGACAAUUUCAAGUCCAUUGGAAUUUUAGACAUCUUUGGCUUUGAGAAUUUCGAGAUAAACCGGUUUGAGCAGUUUAACAUUAACUAUGCCAACGAGAAGCUCCAGGAGUACUUCAACAAGCACAUCUUCUCCCUGGAGCAGCUGGAAUAUAACAGGGAGGGGAUACACUGGGAAGCCAUCGAUUGGAUGGACAAUGCAGAAUGUCUGGAUCUGAUCGAAAAGAAAUUGGGCAUGUUGGCUCUUAUCAAUGAAGAGAGCAGAUUCCCUAAAGGCACCGACCACACCCUCCUGGAGAAACUCCACAGCCGGCAUGCCACGAAUCCUUACUAUGUGAAACCCAGAGUGGUGGACCACCAGUUUGGUAUUAAACAUUAUGCAGGAGAGGUAUUGUAUGAUGUACAUGGCAUCUUGGAGAAGAACAGAGACACAUUCAGAGAUGAUAUCCUCAACAUGCUAAAAGACAGCAGGCUUGACUUCAUCUAUGACCUGUUUGAGCGUGUUGGUAGCAGGAAUGGAGAUGAAACACUAAAGAUGGGCACUGCCCGCCGAAAACCUACCGUCAGCUCUCAGUUCAGGGAUUCUUUGCAUGCGCUGAUGGCGACUCUAAGUUCCUCCAACCCUUUCUUUGUACGCUGCAUCAAACCUAACAUGGAGAAGAACGCCAACAAAUUUGACCCUGACGUGGUUCUGAAUCAGCUGCGUUAUUCUGGAAUGCUGGAGACAGUAAAGAUCCGCCGAGCAGGUUUUCCUGUACGAAGAACCUUCCACGACUUCCUCAGCAGAUACACAAUGGUCCUGAGGGACGGAAAACACACAGCGGACGACAGAAAGAAAUGUGCAGAUCUGCUUGCAAAUUAUGACAUCACAGAGAAAGAGUGGCAGCUGGGAAAGACUAAGGUGUUCCUCAAGGAAGCUCUGGAGCAGAGGCUGGAGAAGGAAAGAGAAGAGGUGCGCACAGCAGCUGGUAUGGUGAUCCGGGCCCAUAUACUAGGUUAUGUGGCAAGAAAACACUAUAAAAAAGUCCAGAGCAGCACCAUCACAAUCCAAAAGAACUACCGCGCUCACUUCUGGAGACAAGUGUUCCUGCGUUUCCGCUCUGCUGCUGUGGUUCUCCAGAAACACCUCCGUGGACGACACGCUCGCCAACUCUACCGACAGCUCCUGGAGGAAAAACAGAGGAGAGAAGAGGAAGAGAGAAUCAGAAGGGAGGAAGAAGAGAGGAAACGACAAGAGGAGCUGAGGAGACUUGAGGAAGAGAGGAGACAGGAGGUAGAGAGACAGAGAAGAGAGGAGGAGGAGCAGAAGAGGAUAGAGGAAGAGGCUUUGCAGAUACAGCUGGAAGAGGAAGAGUUUAACAGGACGCAGGAAGAGCUUAAAAGCAAACAGAUAUUGCAGGAGGUAGAAGACGGAGAGGCAGGACAGAGCAGGGAUCUGGUGGGUCAUCACAACCAAAAGAGGGUGUCCCAAAGCCUGUGCCAGUACACAUCCGAAGAGGAGAGUCGUCAGAUGGAGGAGAUCCUGAGACUGGAGAGAGAGAUUGAACGGCUACAGAGACAAAGAGACGAAGGGGUUUCCUUACUGAACGAGAGCUCCAGAGACGAACUGCGGCAGAAGAGGGACGCAGAGAUCUACCAGCUGGAAAAAGAGGCUUCACGUGUGGCCACCGAGUUCCUGGAGAUGCUAGACUUCGGAGGGUUGGAACAGUCACUUUCCAGCGAAGAGAACCUUCACGACCCGUCCGAGACCACCGCGCCACUGGCCGAGGAGGAGGUGGACGAAGGCUUCCACGCGGACGACGAGUGCAUACCCCUUCCUGACUUCCCUCCCCCAUCUCCUGUGCCUCUGGACAAGGAGAUUCUUUCCAGUCUUCCACCUCCACCGCCCGCCUUCGCCGAAGGUCUGCUGGACUCACCUGAACGUAUGGAGCGACCAAAGUCUAGUACUUCCAUGAAACAAAACAGACUUUCAGACAUUCCCCCACCUCCACCCACAGUUCCGCCUCCACCCCCACCCCCACCUUCAGCUCCGCCCUCUCUUCCACCUACACUGACUUUAACCAAAGGAGAUUAUGGAGUGGUUUAUAAAAACUCAAGGAAAACUGUAACGGAGAUUGUGUUGUCAGAAGAGGAGACGAACUUCAGCAUUAUUCCAGAUACUGAGUCAGACUAUGACCAGGAAGAAUUUGAGGAGGCGUUGGGGAGUUGUGGGGACGCAGGAAGUACAAAUGACGGACACCUCACUGACGAGGAAGUGCUACGCAGGUCCUGUACCUACAAUAGCAUCGACUCCUUCAGAGGAAGUUCAGACUCAUUUAUUGACAGUAAUGAUGAGAAUGAUGGAUAUGUGGACACAGAUGAGGAGGUGUCAAAUGGUAGAGUGCAUCUGCUAAAUGGAAGCGGACCUCCAUAUUUCCACAGCUAUCUGUACAUGAAGAGUGGGCUGAUGAUUCCAUGGCGCAGACGCUGGUGUGUUCUGAAGGACGAGACGUUUAUGUGGUUUAGGGCCAAGCAGGAGUCUCUCAAGUCAGGCUGGCUCUACAAGAAAGGGGGAGGAAUGUCCACCCUGUCCCGCAGGAACUGGAAGAUGCGCUGGUUUGUCCUUCGAGACGCCAAACUCAUGUACUUCGAGAACGACAGCGAGGAGAAACUGAGGGGAACCAUUGAUAUCCGUGCUGCCAAAGAGAUUGUGGACAACCACGAGAAGGAGAAUGCACUGAAUGUUGUGACCGAGGAGAGAACAUAUCAGAUCUAUGCAGAGACACCUGAGGAUGCAAGCGGCUGGUUUAAUGUCCUGAGCCGAGUUCACUGUGCCACACCAGAUCAACUCCUGCAGAUGCAGCAUGAACAUGCCAAUCCCAAGAACGCAGUUGGAACACUGGAUGUUGGGCUUAUUGACUCUGUCUGUGCUUCUGACAACCCAGACAGGCCAAACUCAUUUGUUAUAAUCACUGCUAAUCGUGUGAUUCACUGUAAUACUGACACACCAGAGGAAAUGCAUCACUGGAUUGGUCUCCUGCAGAAACCCAAAGGAGACUCCAGAAUAGAUGGCCAGGAGUUCAUAGUCAGAGGCUGGCUACAUAAAGAGAUGAAGUCCAGUGGAAAAAGCACUUCUCUCAAACUGAAAAAACGCUGGUUUGUUCUGACCAACAACUCACUGGAUUAUUAUAAAUCCUCAGAGCGCAGUGCAUCUAAACUGGGCACACUGGUGCUCAACAGCCUGUGUUCUGUAGUUCAGCCCGAUGAGAAGGUCUUCAAGGAGACUGGUUACUGGAACAUAAUAGUUCAUGGAAGGAAGCAUUCUUACCGUCUCUACACCAAGCUGCUGAAUGAAGCCAUGAGAUGGGCUUCAGCCAUUCAGGCGGCCAUAGACAACAAGGUUCCCAUAGAAACGCCAACCCAGCAACUGAUCAGAGACAUCAAGGAGAGCAGUCUUAAUGUGGAGGCCGUGGAGCAGAUGUACUGGAGGAACCCCAUUCUGAGAUACACCCAGCAUCCACUGCACUCUCCCCUGCUUCCUCUGCCGUAUGGGGAGGUUAAUGUCAGCUUGCAAAAGGAGAAAGGUUACACCAGCCUGCAGGACGAGGCGGUGAAAAUCUUCAACUCAUUACAGGAGAUGGAGGUUGUGUCUGAUCCAAUGCCCAUCAUUCAAGGCAUUUUACAGACAUGCCAAGAUCUGCGGUUGCUCAGAGAUGAAGUCUACUGUCAGCUGAUCAAACAAACCAAUCACGUGCCUCAGCCCAACAGCCCCUCCAACCGUGUCCACUGGCAUCUGCUCACCUGUAUGAGCUGCACCUUCCUACCCAGCCGUGGCAUUCUCAGAUACCUCCGAUUCCACCUGAGAAGAAUCAAGGAGCUCUUUCCAGGAACAGAAAUAGAGUUGUUUGCUGUGUUCAUUGGAGAAUCUUUGAAGAAAACAAAGGCGCGAGAGUUUGUGCCUUCCCAAGACGAAAUCAUCGCGCUCCUGAACAGACAUGAGAUGACCACAACCGUUUAUUGCCAUGGUGGAGGGUCUUGCAAAAUUUCAAUCAACUCUCACACUACGGCAGGAGAGGUGGUAGAGAAACUGAUCCGUGGUUUGGCUAUGGAGGACAGCAGAAACAUGUUUGCUUUGUUCGAGCACAACACCACGAUCGACCGGGCUGUGGAGAGCAGGGUUAUAGUGGCCGACGUGCUGGCCAAGUUUGAGAGGCUGGCUGGAAAUGAGGUGGAGGAAGACGGCCCUUGGAAGCUUUACUUCAAACUUUACUGUUUCUUAGAUGUGGAGAGCAUGCCCAAGGAAGGAGUUGAGUUUGUCUUCAUGUUUGAACAGGCUCAUGAGAGUUUGAUAAGUGGUCACUUUCCUGGCCACGAGGAGACCCUCCAGCAUCUGGCUGCGUUACGCCUGCAGUACCUGAAUGGAGACGUGUCUCGGGUGCACUGGAGCUUGGACAGCGUCUAUCCCACUGGGCGUCUGCGCAACCGCAUACUUCAGUUCACCAAGGCGGGAGGAGCUUCUGGACAGUCACAGACGCUGGAGAGAAGGAGGACGAGCUUCCUGGACGGGACGCUGAGGCGCGGGCUGAAGACGGGCACCAUGAAGAAACAACGCAGCAUGCAGGAGGAGCAGAUGCUGGAGAUGUGGAUAAAAGAAGAGACGUCAGCCACCAGAGCCAGUAUUCUGGAGAAAUGGGGUCGACUGCAUAGUCUGGAUCAGCACCAAGCCAUGGUUAAAUACAUGAACAUUAUCAAAGAGUGGCCUGGGUAUGGAUCAACGUUAUUUGAUGUAGAGUAUAAAGAAGGCGGCUUCCCUCAUGAUCUCUGGCUGAGUGUGAGUGGAGAGAAUGUGUCCGUGUUUAAGAGAGGCGAAGCCAAACCUUUAGAGACCUUCCCGUACGAACACAUUGUUUUCUUUGGUGCUCCUCUUGCCAGCACAUUUAAGCUCACAGUGGAUGGGAGAGACAUGUUCUUUGAAACACCACAGGUUGGAGAGAUCACCAAAAUCAUGAAAGCAUACAUCAACAUGAUAGUGAAGAAACGAUGCAGCGUUAGAUCAGUGUCCAGCUUUGGAAGCAAUUGGAUCAGGUGAUGAGUGCUGUGCUGUCCAAUCAAAGUCAAAACUGUUCCUUCUAAAUGAUGGCAAAACAGAAAGGAAUUCCACAGAGUUAAGAUGAGAUAUGGAGAAGAUGCAUAAACCAACAAGAGGGAAAACAUCACCUGAAUUUACACUGGUAUCUCCUGAAGGCUUUAAAAGUUUUCCUUUCAGGUGUUGUUGAUCAGUUUCAAGACACUGUAGCACUCUUUGAAAAGAUCGAUACAUGGUCGUAAAGCAUUUUGUUGAGAGUCUUAAGACUCUGAAGUGACUGUCAGCAGCGAUGUUAAAACUUUGCCUUACUUAUUACAAGGGCUGGUCUGUGUAGAUUUGCAUCAUUAUUCUGUGUUAAUCGUACAGGAAUUUGUUCCAGAACCUUCACUCAGGUUCCUUAGGUUAAACAAAUAAGGAAAGUUUCUCAAAAUGUCAAUGCCUUAAUGUCUUGCCAUUUUCAUCCCACAUUCAUUCGCAUAUUGUGCAUAAGAAGUUCUGGGUUGAGCUCAGGUACAGUAUGAAAUACUGAAGAUAUAAGCAAUAUCCCUGAAUUUUGGUGCAGUGUUGUGGUUGUCAUAGCAACAGAAGAUGGGAUUGAUCGAUAGGAAACGAUAUGUGAAAAUGUACCCAUUUAUUUAUACUGAUGAAAGCUGUUUGGCUUCUUAACAUUAAAAGGUCAGUUUCAAUUCAAAUCCUUUUUAGUUCACAGGUCAACUGGGUAAGAAUGUGUUUUUUUUAAAGGAAGCCUACAUAAUUGUAACUGAAGGAUGACUAUUGUGUAUCUGAAAGCAAGCCGGUUUUGGGUGGGCUGGGUAUUUAUUCAGUGUUAUUGUGAUUGUAUGGAUGUUGAUGGCAUGUUGAGUAGAGUCUCAAAUGAUGUAAAUUACAGUGAUAGUACGAGUGGAAUGGAGAAUGUCACUAUUGUAUCAGAGACUCAUUCCCAUGGUGACGUCAUGCAAAGUUUGGAUCAUUUUUGCUCCAUGAAUGAAUGUGGACAGCUGCUGGUCAGCUCAAUGCCAGAGUUCAGCUUCAUCUGUUAAAAUUAGUUUAGUCAAAAUAUUAAACUUGUGUAGAGGAUGAAAAAAAAAAUCA